AUGAAUUCAAUAAUAGAGAAUCUACCGCGCACUCGUCAAACGCUCCUAUUCUCAGCGACACAAACCAAAAAUGUAAAAGAUCUGGCGAGAUUAGCGCUAAAAGAUCCAGUCUAUAUAUCCGUUCACGAGAAUGCAUCUCAGGCAACUCCGGAUCAAUUGCAGCAGAGUUAUUUGGUAUGUUCGGAUGAGGAUAAAAUCAAUUUGUUAUGGUCUUACUUGGUGAUGCAUCGAAAGAAGAAAAGUUUGAUAUUCGUGUCGUGUUGUAAACAGGCUCGUUUCUUCACCGAAGCGUUGUGCCAUCUGAGACCGGGAACCUCGCUGAUGGGUUUGUGGGGCACAAUGAAGCAAUCGAAACGUCUCGAAGUAUUUCACAAGUUCAAUCGUAAGGUGAAUUCGGCAGCGAUGAUCGCAACUGAUGUGGCGAGCCGAGGCUUGGACUUUGCACGGGUGGAUUGCGUGCUGCAGUUGGACUGUCCGACAACCGCA